CCUAAACAGCAGCGUAAAGCAGAGACAGGGGAGGAUGAGGCAGCCGGAGCGUCUUCAUCAUCCCAGCCAAGCGCACGUAGCCCCGCCGAGGAGGGACGCACCAAAACAGUGACGGCUGCACCAGAAAUUGACGAGCAUUUGGACUGUUUUUUCUGCACCGGAUCCCGGCUCUGCAGCUCGGGCCAGACAGCAGGAGCAUCCGCUGGCAGGGAAAACAAACCGGGGCUGGGCAAGUGGGGUUGUCCUUCUGCCGAUAUUUGUCUGAGCGGCAUCACAAGCGCCGCCUGUAUCCGACAACAACAACAUCAGCAUCCUCAGCAUCCUCAGCAUCAUCCUCAGCAUCAGCAGCAGCAGCAGCAUCAGCAUCAGCAGCAGCAGCCUGCCAUGGGGUCCAGACUCAGCAGGCAGAACAGCCUCGACAACGAGAAUUUCUCCAAGAAGCGCCGCAAGCUGCAGCACGGCGGUGCCGGGGAGGGCGGCCGGGGCGGCCGGGGCGGCGGGGACUUUCUGUUUGCACUGAUGCUCAAGUCGGACAAGCUGCCCGGGAUGCUGCGCAGGAGCAACCACAGCCCCUACAUGAGGCGGGUGACGUGGAUCAAGGAGAUCCAGAAGCUGCUGCGCGACCGGCGGAUUGAGCAGGCGACGGACGUGCUCAAACUGCUGAGGAAGGAUCUGGGUCUGGAGGGGGCCUCGCUUAACGACAUUUUGUACAAAAACGCUGCCUUCCUCAAUCUGGUGGACCCGAUCUCGCACGAACUGCUGGUCAGUUUGGCUCGAGAGAUGCAGUGUCCGAAGAAGGAUGCAGACAUUAUAAAGUCUUCCGAUAAGAUUUGUCGACAGCUGAUCUACCACCUGACCCCGCACUCCAAGUGGCUGCGGCAGAGCAUGUCCAGACGGAAAUCCCAGGCCUGUCUCAAGACGACUCUGCAGAAAAAGCUGUCCAGCGACAGCAUUGACUUGUCCGGGAUCACUCUGUCCGCCCGCGACGUCCGGCAAAUCGCCUUCUACCUCCAAAACAACAGGGACAACGUGGUCGCUGUGGACAUCAGCUUUACUGAGCUCCAGGACGACAACCUGAGGAUACUGCUGCCCCUUCUCGCCUCACUGCCCAAACUCAGCACCCUGGCUCUCAACGGCAACCGCCUCACCCUGGCCAUACUCAAAGACCUCACGGAAAUGCUCAAAGAUCCCAAGAAUUUCUCCAACCUGGCAUGGAUCGACCUGGGCAACAACGUGGACAUUUUUACGAUGCCUCAACCACUGCUGGUGGCGUUGCGCCGGCGCUGCAGCUUGAAGAGCAGCCUCCCCACCAUCUACGAGUACACAGAGGGGCAGCCCUACUCCUACCACCUGGAGACCUCCAUCGAGGAGCCCAGCCACUACGAGGAGGAGGAGGAAGAGGUAGAGGACGAUGAUGACUUGCAGAAUAAGUACGAGCUGGAGCCGUGGGGUUUAGGGGAGAAGCAGCUCUCCAAAGACUUCACCCUCCACUACUGUGAGAGGUGAUGGGGCGUUCUCUCUGCAAGGCUCGUUCAACUGUGGUUGAAACAUUGUCCCACAGCACUUCAGUACUUCCUUCACCUUCUUGACCUCACACCACGAGCCCAGUCACCCUUUGAGGCACGAGGGACACCUGUGCCCACAUUGUGAACUUCCCGUCCUGACACGGCUGACCAAGAUACUCCCAACCAUCUCCGAGUUGACCCACACAAGAUAGUGAUAACGAAGUGACGGCCAGGAACGGCGGACUUACUGUGCUGGUGGAUGGUGCUCUUGGGAACAAGGUGCGGUUUCAUUGGAGGGGGGCUGGAAGAAAUAAUGAACCAGUGGUCUCUCUCUUUCUGUCUCUUUUUUCCCCCUCUAUCGCUCUGUCUCUUUCUCUCUCUGUGUGACAGUGGCAGCCGAGGAGCCAGUCUCGAGGAGGUUUUAUUCAGUCGCUUGGGUAAUGUAGCAGCAUCCCGGCGGUGGCUGACGUGGAACUGGAGUUAGUUUGGGAACGGUGGGUCCCGCUGGGGUCUCUACCAGGACUGAGUCUGUCUCUGGCAGGCAGGGCCUCGCUCCACAUUGUGUGUUCUCUGUUAAUCUCUCAACAAAAGCUAUGACACAAGUUCAACAGACUAUACAGCCGACUACCCAUCACGUGACACCGGGAAAACUGCUAGGUCGACUUUUUGCGUUUUCCCCCCCUUUCCAAAUGUCCACUUGUGAAUACCCGUGCAGCCCUUGUGUUGAUGUAAAUGAGGACACAAACCAUGGCUCUGUUGUGUUUCCACGGGCUAUUUUUGUGCACUUUGGUGAACAAAGCAAUCUUAGAAGACAACAGGUAGGACUCAACAAUGGAUAGCGGUCACUGAUUGUUUUUGUCCUAAAAGCUGAUACUCACCUCUUUGUUAUUAUGGAGCUUUUUAGAUCCUCACCAGUGUUUUAGUGCAUUUAUGAAACUACAGCCAGCUGUUAAUGUGGGCCACUGAGUCAGAGCGGUGGCCGAACUGCCCGUCCUACUGCCAUUUGUCUCCACAGGUAUGUUGUCAUUUCCAUUUAAUGGCCCUGUGUUACGAGACACAUCUGUGACUGUUAUAUAUUGGUUCUUCUCUGUCUUCAGUAGCAUAUAAUGACUAAGUUAGUCACAGCAACGCUCUACAAAGUACAUUAAGUAGGGCUGGGCGAUAUGGACCAAAAGUCAUAUCUCGAUAUUUUCUAGCUGAAUGGCGAUACUCGAUAUAUAUCGAUA